AUGCCUACGAACCAACCCUUUUUCGCAAACUUCCUCGCCGCCUUUCGCGCACACUCGAGUCCAGCCUACAAAGCUGCUUCUUCUUCUUCCACCUCACCCACGACACUAGCAUCAUCUGCCCAUGUCUCAACAACCUCCAGCACCGCAACUUCAACAACCACAACAUCACAUACCCGCUCGAUAGCCACGAAAGCAGGAACAUCUCCUAGCACACAGCCGUCGAACAACUCGCCGCAAUCUCCACCGUCAAACACCAACAACACCUUCUCCACCGCAGCUGCUGUCGUAGCAGCAUCCUCUCACAUCCACCACGUUUCUCCCCUAUCCCGCUCACCCGGCGUCAGCACCCCGCAUAACAUGAGUAUCUCACCACCCGGAGGAGGCACAUCCACACCGUUAUCACGAGGAAGACAGAGACGCGGAUCGGACAGCUCGAAUUCAUCCGGUGGAUUCAUCGAUGCGCUAGGGCCAGAAAAAUGGUACAUCGGCGGCAGGACUGCAACAGGGGAGGAGAAGUUUUAUAGGUUAGGACUGGUGACGGGAGGUCCGGGGAGGAGGGUCAGGAGUUUGGAUCGAUUAAGCUUAUAA